GACUGACUGACGAUUCAUUCAAUAAGGAGCGACACAUGUAAUCCAAGCAUCCAUGUCAGUCUCCGAUUCGUCCGUUGACUGCCAUCAGUACAUACGUCAUAGCAUGCACAUACAUACCCAUGUGCAGUGCACCUCUCUCUCUGCAGCUGCGAUAGGCCUACACACAUGUAAUGGCACACACCUCUCACUCUAUACUGCCUUGUACACACUCGUCCAGCCAGCUACCCCUCAGAGAUCGACCAACGGCCACAGAAAAACCGCACUACUCAGGGAGGAAAACUGCAGGAGGCACCGUCCGUGCGGCCAGAGACAUAAGAUCGUUACCCAUCCCCCGCAAUGAGGCGAUACUUGCUAUUCCGCUCCCCCAUCCGCCUCAGGAUCUGUGUCAUCCACACACACACACACACACGGACAAGUGAGUCGGCAUAUCCACUCGUGUGUUCCUGUUGCUCACCGCUUUCCAGAGUGCUGUGGGUUGCUCCGGCGAUGGGUAGUUGCUGAGAAGUGUGUCCUUGUCGCACGCCGCCACAUACCACACGCCCCGCUGCACCUCGCUCUCGAGCUGAUUCGGGGCCUGCGUCAACCAACACAACCACCACCACGCCAACAGCCAGCAGCAUGCAGCAUGCAGCAUGCAGACGGGUCUGUUGUUUGGUGCGUUGUGUAUGAUUGGCUUGGUACCCAUGCGCAGUAUCUGCGGAAGAACUUGAAGUCCGACGCCUCAGCCUUGCCGGUCUGCACACACACGGCACCCUCCCUGCGCACCCACGUGUCUGGCUCUGCGCAUUGUGGUGCCUGACCUGGAUCAUUUUGACACACUCCUCCACAUCCCCGCCCACGUACACUUCAUCGAUGACCUUACGCGCGCCCCGGAUGGUUCUGAAGGAACAGGUGCGUGUGCGUGGACACUCAUCGUGUGUGUUGGUUGCGUGUACCCAUGUGGGUGCAUCAUGAUGAGCGCGUCACCCAUCAGACCCCGCCGACCCACAUCGCCACCCAUGUAAAGCGUCUGCAGCAGCGCACGUGAGCACAGAAAUGAAGACGCCUUCUUUGUGCCAUGCCGCUGCCCUGCCUACGCACGUUGGCAUUGAAGACCUCCAGCCCCCGCUUCCCCUUGUCGUCUAGCGGGUCUUCCAUCUCCCCGCUGCCGCCCGGAACACCCUGCUGCUCAUCGGCCUCAUCUUCACUGCCGGCCGCUCCGUCGUAUGACACCCGCCUGACGCCCUUCAUGAGCUCCCCUAAUGUGAACUCGGUUGGCCUGUUGAGGAUGAUGCCGCACGUGUAAGGGGUGGAGUCGCCGUAGUCGGUGAUGAACACCACCGCACGGUUGAAAUACUGCUGGAAGGGGAACUUCCCAGGACUGAACAGACAACAAACCAACACGCAGAGAGAGAGGAAACGGAUCAUCAGCACGUCACGCUCGCUCACCAGGCCAGCAGCAGGCACCCCUUCUCAGGCAUCGGCAGCUCGUGCGCCCACGUUGGCCCACCGCCCAUCAUCGGCGUCGUCGCACCCUCCCACGUUCGCCCGAGUGACUCGACCUCCGUCCCAUCCAUGGGUUCGCCCUCCUCCAGCGCAGACAACAGCUCGCGAGCAGCGGCCUCUUCGUCAUCGAUCGUUUCGGGGGAGGGAGAGGGAGAGGGGGGCGGGGCAGUGGCUGCGGCAGUGGGUGGUGGAACUGCCAUCUGUGUUUGUGUGUCGUUGCCAAACUCGAGACCGCCAGCGACCAGCCGAGCGCGGAAGGAGCGCCAGUCGUCGGUGUUGCUCUCGUCAGCAGCACUACAGAAGAACACACAAGUGACACAGGGAGUGAAGGAGAGGACUGCCAGUGCAACUGGUUGGCUCGCACCUGUCAUCGCUGCUGACAGCGUGGCGUCUUAGCCUCUGCAAAAGCCGCGAAUCCACUCGGAUGACUGAACGCUGCAUAGACAGACGCAACACACAUACACAGAUGCCACGAGAUAGAUGCUCAGUGCAUUGACCCACCUGGGAGACCGAUUCAUCUGCCUCGUGCCGCCUUGGAAUUGGAGCAAACCGCCUUCUAUCGAGCAGCCACGAAGGCCUGUAUGACGGCACGAACGCCGAGCUCCACCCGAGCGAUGACAGCAUGAGCAGAAGGGACGAGAUGGACAGAUGAGAUGCAAUUGAUGAUAAUAGUCCCAUGAUCAGCAGAUCCUUAGACAGCCGUGCACAUUUGAGCAACGAAUUGCGUUCC